UAGCAAACCUCGCCGCACGGAGUUCCAUUUCUUCUUUCCAUAAAGAUGGUUCGCUGUGUCGGAAAUAUGGUAGUGUUCGUUACUCACAGUUCCGCUCAGCAAGCAGAACUGAUCAACGACCGGCCGCCAUUACCAAUCCAAACCCGACCAUAUCGAUAGCCCGUCGUAGUGGGGCUUUCGCUGCACUAUUCCCCACUUCGUUAACAACAGCAACAGAAUUUCGGGGAGCAGAGAACGCAGCGACGCUGUCGGCUGAGGCAUCGCCGGUAACAACACCAUCUCCGAAAGCGGUAGCAUAUUAUCGUAGGAUCAUCAGAGUUUUUGUCGCCAUGGCGACUCGUCGCAAAACAUGCCUGUUCUGCCGGCACUCAUAGCCGCGGCAGUAGCAGACCGGCCUGUUGCUGUCUUCGCCGUGAUCGCUGCCAUCGUAAUAAGACACUAACAACAAACUGAAGAGGGAACCACGUAACAAUGGACAACAUAAGGAUAGCUGAGCAGAAGCAUUCGUAGCGGCGGUUGGCUAGCAAACUAGCUAAGCUAGUGAAAACUGAGGUACGGACUGCCAAGAAAAGCUGUUGCCGGCCACCAAACAACAUGUUGAUUGCGAGGCUUUACGAAAUAAAGCAAAAUUUUCCACUUUGCCUUGCGAUAACACUCAAGGACAACGCCCGUCGAGCAGUAGAAGAAAUUUCGUAAUUGAUUCGGUUAUGCAAGCCUCGAGUAAAGUGAGGUAGGGUGGUAAACGGUGUUCAAACAACGAGCCAGCGAUUCCGUAGAAUAUCGUUCUGCACUCUGGGCUAUCUAUUAAAAUUUUAUCGUAAAAAAGAGCAGCGAACUAGCUUGGAUACGUGGAUGUGAUCACUAGGUGCAACAAGCAAAAACCUCCUCGAAGCCUGGGUGCUCAGCAAAGAAAAAUCUGCGAAGAGAUCUUUCGAACGGCCCCCACGUCGAAUUGAAAAAUCAGCUUUUAAACUGCUUAAAAUAAACCUACCAUUGAGUGGUCAAUUUUCAUAUGGUUUGAUAGCUAGGGAAAUUGUGUUCCCACGUAGCUGUAGAGUCCAAAAACGAUUAAUUCAAACAUCUGUCCUUCAAGCAGUGCGUUGUUAAGCCAAGUUAUCACAAUGUCGAUCACGUGGUGAUAAUGAGCGGUCGCGGCGAUGCUGGUGUCCAGGAGAAGUGAUGGUACACCAAAACAAACAGAGUUCCGAACUGGCAAACAAGGUUCCAGUUUCGCUAUGUGUUUAGGUUUGUCUAUACUGUAUGUGUGAAGAAGAAGAAAAAAUUCGAGGUCGAUUCUACUGCUUGUGAAUACGACAAGGUAGUGCGUCCGAAUGUACUACACGAACUUUAAAGGUACAGCGAAAGUAAACUGCGUGUCUGGGCGUUCUAGAAGAAAAGUUAUAUCAUCAGAAGUAAAAAAAUGCGCGCCUUAAUGGAACCCUCGAGGCCUUUAACAACAGCAAGCCGCCGGGUUGUGCUGUUGGUUCUAUUGUGUUCCUUGUUUGGUUCGGCAACGUCAAUUAAAUGCUACGUCUGCAAUUCCUACUCGAAUCUAUACUGUUCGGAGAACUGGGAAUUAGGCGAGCUAAGUGAAGAAAUUAAGCCUAUCGAAUGCGAUCAAACUUAUGAGGCACAGUAUUGUGUGAAAACCACCGGAAUGUACCAAGGCGAAAUUGGUACGCAACGAUUCUGUUCAGCAAAACAUCUGGGUAACUAUUGCGAUUGGAAUUCACGACCCGGUGACUUGGGCGAACGUGGCCAAAAACGUGAAUAUCGGGCCUGUGUCUAUACGUGCGGAGUCGACGGCUGUAAUUCAGAUUUGAGCCUAAAAUCGACUUUAAUAGCAAUAACUACUACUGUAGUGCUAACUAUCCUCUACGGCAGACUUUAUACAGGAUGAGAAUGCCAUUCUGGAGGGUGAUAAUUUGUCUGCAUCUUGACGUCAUAGAUCUGAUUUUCAAAUUGUAAAAAAUCACAGCACAUUUGGCAGAAGGCUGUCACUCGUAGCUAGGUGUCAAGUAAGUAAACGCUCUUUGAUUAUACUAUUGUGCGGCGUUUGCUGUCGUUGCCGCCACAGUCACAUCGAUCUGAAAACCCGGACAUUUCAGAUGAACACCAUGAACAGCUUAACAACUGUACGCAAUGGCGUCAACGUGAAUGGCUAGGAUCUACGUAUGUGCAUUCGUUCGAAAUUUGUAGUAAUUUAUGGAGUAAGGAUGCCGCAUCUAGUGACUGCUCUGGUGCCAACUUGCGAGGCUAUGGAGGUGACACACGUGUACUAUCAUAAUUAUCGUCAAAUUUUUCCGUCCUAAGGAAAUUAACGAAUCGAUUGGACACCUUGUACAUAACAAAUAGCUAUGAUAUACAAUUAGACAGGGUCACGCUGAUCGGGCGACGGCCUGAUAAGUGAUGGGUCAACCAGAAAGAUUAAUCAUCUCAUAUGUAUAGAUCAGCAAAUUACAAGGCACGUCAUUCUGUUGCUGAAUCCUUGCAUUAUGUUAAAAAAUCGCACAAAUGUCCACGAUGAUAGCGGCUACGAGUCGGCCUACAAACGCAAUUGAACUCUCUGUAUCUCAGAGGAACAUCGUCGUUGUUCUACGGAAGCCGUUUAAAAUCCGUCGGGACAUCUGACCGACAUCGAAGCGAGACCUUCCUCCACAGGGACAUUAUACUUUGUACGCCAAUAGGAAACAGGAUAAGUCGUAAUAUUAAGCUGCUGAAUGACGGGUCCAUGUGGUCCCGUAGUCCGGCUGAGGCGUCUCAUAACCGCGUUUUAUAGGCUGCCGAAUAGUGGAGCAUCAUAUGAGGCAUUAAAAUAAAGCAUUUACCUCUGCGACAUUUCCCCGUCGUGGAAACGCCAACGUGAUGUAUUAUAUAUAAUAUGCAGUUUUCUGGCCCUACAAAUAGUAGAAAUACGUAAACCCCAUGACACCAAUUGUGUUUAUAUAAAUAUAUAUAUAUACAUCAAAAUGCCAUUUUCAAAAGGCCGCUAGUACUUGCGCAGAAAUCAUAACGAUGAUAACGAAUCAUAUAACAAUCAUUGAAGUUAUAGGAAAUAGAGAUGUUUUUCUAAAAAAUAAAACAACGCUGCCAAUUCGUAAGUAGCUAUUUUGUAAUUAAUUAAUCGUGUGUGCGAUGAAAAAAAACAACAUUGUAGUAAAACUGCCAUGAACAUGUGUUCGCGUCAGGAAGUUAACGAAAAAAAGGUUUGAAAGAUUAGAGUUGCGAAAACUAUGCCAGUCAAGCAACAAUUUAUUUAAUAGGUAAAGAAUGAUAGAACGUGUUCUCCGUAAACCUGGGUAAUAAAAUGAAGCUCUAACAAAUUCAAAGUGCGCCUGACAGGACCUUUCCUGCACUGCACGGGCAAAUAUAGAUAUUUCUAUAUUUUUUUCUGGUUUGCUGUAUAUGUGUAUAAGGGUUUCUUGAACUUGUGCGUGGAGUUGUUAAUGUAUGCAUAGGUAUGAGGCCAGUCGUAGAUUUUAGAGGAGACAAUUGAUGCUGUCGUAAUCAAGCGUUUAUAGAAUAUGUAUUAAAACCAUACGAAUUGAUACAAUCGAACAGAUAUGGUCAUUGGACGUUACAUUUUAUUUGAUAGCUAUCAAAUACACAAAAUAAUAAUGAUCUAAUAAAGAAUUGUGUUAUUUAUGUUUGAAUUAAUACGCGAGUCAUUUUUAUAUAUUAGUAAGCAUAUUGAACUUGAACAAUGUUCAGUUCUUUGAGUUACUGAAAUUAUCAUAUAUGCUACUUUCAAGUAAAGUCGAAGUUCAGCACUUGCGA